AUGAGGACUCACACAGUAGAGAAACCACAUCCGUGCCAUCAUUGUGAAAAGAGUUUCAGAGAUAAAACUCAACUUAAGAUACACAUUAGGGUUCACACAGCAGAGAUGCCAUUCACGUGUCAUCUGUGUGGAAAGAGUUUCACCUUUCAAUCAGGCCUUAGCCGGCACAAGAAAGCUCACAAGGGGGAUGUGCCAUAUGCAUGCCAGCAUUGUGACAAGAGUUUCCCAGAUAAAACUCAACUUAAGAUACACAUGAGGUCUCACACUGGAGAGAAACCUUACACGUGUCAUCUGUGUGGAAAGAGUUCCGGAACAAAACCUAACCUUAAAGCACACAUGAGGAUUCACACCGGAGAGAAACCACAUCUGUGCCAUCAGUGUGAAAAGAGUUUUACAACUUCAUGUAAACUUAAGAUACACAUGAGGACUCACACUGGAGAGAAACCUUACACUUGUUAUUAUUGUGGAAAGAAUUUCUCUAUUGAAAGUAACCUUAAGAAACAUGAAAGAAUUCACACCGGAGAGAAACCGUUCAUGUGCCAUGAGUGUAAAAAGAGUUUCAAGACGAAAGCUACCCUUAAAAAACAUGCAAGAUUUCACACUCAGUAGAAACCAUUCAUGUGUCAACAGGGUGGAUAUGGCAACAAAGUUUAGAAAUCAGCUGAGGUCUUAUUAAAGGUGCUUUAAGCGAAUUCAAGCGUUUUAGACCAUAAAACAUUUUUUGUUACAUACAGCAAACAUCUCCUCACUAUCUGCUUGCUGCCUGUCCACUGGUCAAACUGUAAAAAAUUGCUAUCUCUGUAGACAGCCCAGGCUCUACAAACUUCAAUAUAAACACAGUGGCCAAACCUAGUACCACGAAACAAAACAAAGUGUUCCAGCCAAUAAACCACAA